AUGGGUGCUAUCAAGGAGAAGGAAGAGGAAAGCAAGGGAAAGCCGAGUUCAUUUCGCCUUGUUUUCAAACACGCGGAUGGAUUGGAAAAGUUGUUGAUGACACUCGGAACAAUUGGUUGCAUUGUUGACGGAAUGAGCACAUCAGCUCACAUGAUUGUGCUCUCCAACUUGAUGAAUGCAUAUGGUAGAGGUUCAGUCACUCUUCAUGAUGUAAACAAGUAUGCACUUUACCUGCUUUAUGUGGCUUUCGCAGUCGGUUCAGGGGCAUUCUUAGAAGGAUUUUGUUGGGCACGAGCUGGGGAAAGACUUACAUCACGUUUGCGCACGAAAUAUUUAGAAGCAGUCCUGCGGCAAGAUGUUGGGUUUUUUGAAAUAGUCCAAGAAACAUCCAUAACAUCCCAAGUGGUCUCAAGUAUUUCCACUGACUCGCUAACCAUACAAGGAGUACUCAGUGAAAAGAUUCCAAACUUGAUUGCAAAUUUGGCCACUUUUGUAACUUCACAAGCAGCAGCUAUCUACCUUUGCUGGAGACUGGCAAUUAUAGGCAUCCCUGCACUGUUUGUGCUAUUCAUUCCAGGGAUAGUGUAUGGGAAGCUGUUGAUGGGAAUAGGCAAACAGAUAGAAGAAGCUUAUGAUGUUGCAGGCGGAAUAGUUCAGCAGGCGUUAUCGUCCAUCAGGACUGUUUACUCUUAUAUAGGAGAGGAACAGACAGUUGAGAGAUUUUCAGCAGCAUUGGAACCUACUUUGAAGCUUGGUAUUAAACAAGGACUCCUGAAAGGGAUGGCCAUUGGCAGUGUUGGCCUGGUAUUUGCAGUUUGGGCACUUGAGAGCUGGUAUGGGAGUGUUCUAGUCAUUGAAAAAGGAGAGAAAGGUGGCAACACUUUCACAGCUGCAGUUUGUUGCAUUUACGGGGGAAUUGCACUGGGGAGUUCUCUGAUAAACAUCAAGUACUUGGCAGAAGCAAAUGUAGCUGCUGGUAGCAUUUUUACAAUGAUUGAACGGGUCCCAAGCAUCAACUCUACAGAUCAAAAUGGCGAAACCAUUUCUGGAGUCAAAGGGGAACUGGAAUUUAAAGAGAUUGAUUUUGCAUACCCAUCUAGACCAGAAAGCUUAGUACUGAAAAACUUCAACCUGAAGAUAAUACCAUGCCAAACAGUAGGAUUAGUUGGCGGGAGUGGAUCAGGAAAAUCGACAGUUAUCAAUUUGCUCGAAAGAUUCUAUGAUCCACUUGAAGGAGAAGUACUGCUAGAUGGGAUCAACAUCAAGUCCCUGCAACUUAAAUGGUUGAGGAAGCAAAUGGCAUUGGUUAGUCAAGAACCAAUACUUUUUGCUACCUCAAUCAAAGAGAAUAUAUUAUUUGGAAAAGAGGAUGCUUCAGAUGAUGAGAUUAUUGAAGCUGCAAAAGCUGCCAAUGCACACAAUUUCAUAAUACAGCUACCAAAUGGCUACAACACUCUGGUAGGCCAGUUAGGGACUCAGAUGUCCGAAGGCCAAAAGCAGCGGAUAUCCAUUGCAAGAGCAUUGUUGGUCAAUCCCAAGAUCCUGCUGCUUGAUGAAGCAACAAGUGCACUGGAUUCGCAGUCUGAGAAAGCUGUUCAGGAUGCACUGAACCAGGCUUCCCGAGGGCGUACAACUCUAGUUGUUGCACAUCGUCUUUCUGCUCUGCGCAAUGCCGAUGCAAUUGCAGUCAUUCAGUCGGGAAAAGUUGUAGAAUUAGGUUCCCAUGAUGAACUUGUCCAGAAUAAGUAUGGACCAUACUGGAUGAUGGUUCUUCAACAGAAGAAACUAAUGCAUGAUGAUGAAGUAAGGCACGACUCUAAUGAAGAGGCUAAUGAAGCUGAACUCCACAUUGCGUCAACUGCAGAUGAAGAUGAUCCCACAAAAGAGGCAACAAACUCUCCAGCGAAUUCAGUUAUCCACGACGAAAAGAAAACUGCACAGCAAAGGAAAGAUGACGAAUACUCCCCACCUACAACAUUACAACUGUUACAAAUGACUACUUCUCAUUGGAAAUCAACCCUAUGUGGAAGCCUUGGUGCCUUUUGCUUUGGAUUACUACCUCCAAUCCACUCCUUUUGCCUAGGUGCACUGGUAUCUGUUUACUUCACUAUUGACCACAACGAAAUCAAGUCCCAAACAAGAACAUAUUGUUAUGUUUUCAUAGUCAUUUCCAUCGGCGCUUUCAUCUCAAACUUGAUUCAGCAUUACCAUUUUGGUAUCAUGGGAGAAAAUUUGACAAAAACAGUAAGGGAGGCAACCAUCACAAAGAUCUUAACUUUCGAGCCCGAAUGGUUUGAUCAUGAAGAAAACAAUACUGGUGCACUGUGCUCAAGGUUAGAAAAAGAUGCAACAUACGUAAGAUCUCUUGUUGCAGAUCGUUUGGCAUUCGCGGUACAGUCGGUUUCAGGAUUAACUUUGGCAGCAGUUUUGUCCAUGGCCUUGUCCUGGAGGCUUGCUCUGGUAGCUAUUGCACUACAGCCAGUUACUAUCAGUGCCUUUUAUCUAAAGGAAAUGAUGAUGACUAGCAUGUCUAAGAAAAUCUUGAAGUCACAGAAUAGAAGCAGUGAGUUGGCAAGUGAGGCUGUAGCAAACCAUAGGAUCAUUGCAGCAUUUUACUCACAGGAUGAGGUGAUGAAACUAUUUGAAACAGCACAAAAAGACCCAAGAAAAGAGAGCCACAAGCAAUCUUGGUAUGCUGGUCUAGGAUUGUUCACCUCUCAGUUUCUUGCAGCAGCAAACAUGGCCAUAAUAUUCUGGUAUGGAGGAAGACUUCUUUACCAUGGAGACAUAGUUUUCAAGCACAUUUUUCAGACAUUCUUCAUUGUGAUGGCAAUGGGAAAAACUGUAGGCGAGAGUGGAAGCAUGACAUCAGAUCUAUCCAGGGGAACAAAUGCAUUGAUGUCAAUCUUCACCAUUCUAAAAAGAAAGAGCAAGAUAGAGCCCAAUGACCAAAAUGGCAUUAUUCCAGAGAGCCUAAGUGGUAAAAUAGAACUAAGAGAAGUCGAGUUCUUCUACGCAACCAGACCAAAACUAAUGGUACUGAGAAAACUGAGCUUAAGAAUUGAAGCAGGGGAAGUUGUGGCGCUAGUAGGCCAAAGUGGCUCCGGGAAAUCAACAAUCAUCAGAAUGAUUGAGAGAUUCUAUGAUCCAUCAAAAGGGUCAGUUGAAGUAGAUGGGAUUAACAUAAAGCUGUAUAACCUCAGAGCAUUAAGGUCACACAUUGCAUGGGUGGGUCAAGAGCCAAGUCUUUUUGCAGGAACAAUCUUUGAAAAUAUUGCCUAUGGAACUGCAACCACAACUGAAGCUGAGGUUAUAAAGGCUGCAACUCUUGCAAAUGCUCAUGAAUUCAUAAGUUCAAUGCAAGACGGAUAUGGAACAUACUGCGGAGAAAGAGGAGUGCAGCUAUCAGGAGGGCAAAAGCAAAGAAUAGCACUUGCUCGGGCACUGCUGAAAAAUGCUCCUAUAUUUCUACUGGAUGAGGCAACCAGUGCUUUGGACAGCAAAUCAGAGAACCUGGUGCAAGAUGCCAUUGAGAAAACCAUGGUUGGUAGGACAUGUGUUAUUGUGGCUCAUCGAUUAUCAACAGUUCAAAAUGCCAACAAAAUCGCAGUGGUGGAUAGUGGUAGGAUCAUAGAAGAAGGAUCACAUGAGGAGCUACUAAAUAAAGGAGAAGAGGGUGCUUACUAUACACUUGUCAAACUCCAACACCAUUCCAUGAUUCAAUCAACUGUGACAACUACAAAAUCAGUGAAGCCUGGAGUUCCAGGCUCUUUUCACGGCCGUGUUUUUCCCAACUCAUCCAUCAAUUUGAUGAACUCAAGUACGAGUGUUCACUGGUUGAGCCAAGUCCCUGAUGGUAUAACCAAGGGGGAAGGUAUUGCCUUGUGGAACCAGGGGAGAAUAACGUAUGCGAGGAGCUCCAACCAGGUUGUCGAAGCAUUCAGGGCUCAAUUCUACAGUAACAUGAAAGUUUUCCUUGAGGCCAGGUCACAAGAAUUGGCCCCUGGAGGAAUACUGUCAAUUCUCGUACCUUGCGGGCCACAAGGGAUUGUGCACUCUGACUCGAUUCAAAUACAACUCCUCGAAUGUUUCACUGAUGCACUUGCUGAUAUGGUAAACGAGGGAAUAAUCUGUGAAGAUCUGGUCGACUCUUUCAACUUGCCCAUAUACUACACAAUGGCCUCAGAGAUGAAGGACAUUGUGGUUUCAAGUAGUACUCAUUUCAGUAUCAAAACACUGGAAGAGGUGCAGAUUCCAUCAAGUUUUAAAACCUCUGAAGAUAUUCAGCUUGUAUGCACCUACAUGAGACCUAUAUUCGAAGGCGCCUUCUCCCGUCAUUUCGGCCCACAAAUCAUUGAUGAACCUUCGGAAGGGAUGCUGAGAAGGUCCAAAAUCUUGUCAAGGAGCCACCUUAUGCUCAGAUUUCAAUCCAAAGUGCAAACAAUGCUUUUCUAUAAACUCCCGUAA